ACCGUAUUAUCCAUCCUCGCGCACCAUGCGCUAUUUUUAUCCGCCACCGACGCUGCUUGAAUGAGUUUUGUGACCCUCCCUUAUGUUUCUUUUAGCAGAUUGUCCCGGUAACAGCUGGAGAAAACGGGCGCGUGACACCGGACCUUGAGAUCGGUUUUCUUGUUUUAUUAAAGACUUAGAUUAAAAACAACAAACAAACAUAUUCUUAUAUACAACAGUACACGCGUGUAUGCAAGUGUUUUGUAUUUAGGUGAAGUUUUCCACACAGCUGUCACGGGACAGUAGCGCAUCAUCCCAGUCCACGUCUCUCCUAUGUCUAGGACGCACCGCAGCCGAGUUAGCGCAUAAACGCACUCGUUCAGCAGGAACCCGCGGGAAAUUGGAGCUUCCAGAGCUUGGGAUACGUCCUGCAGCACUCCCUCAUCAUCCAAGUAGCCUCCAGCAGUUUUCUUAGGACGAGGACACAACUUUGACGCGUUCCGGAGCGUCUCGGAGAUCAUGGAGACCAACCCUAUACCCGUCUUAACUAUUCAAACGACCCCCUUUGAUGACCAGAGGCCCGGCACUAACGGGCUGCGAAAGAAGACUUCUGUUUUUGAGAGCAAAAAGAACUAUUUACAGAAUUAUAUUCAAAGUGUUCUGUCCUCCAUCGACUUGAGGGACCGUCAAGGAUGUACCAUGGUUGUUGGCAGCGAUGGGAGAUACUUCAGCCGAGCCGCGAUCGAGGUUAUCGUACAGAUGGCGGCUGCCAAUGGGAUAGGACGGCUGGUGAUUGGACACAGCGGUAUCCUGUCCACGCCUGCAGUCUCCUGCAUCAUCAGGAAGAUAAAAGCAAUCGGUGGUAUCAUUCUCACUGCCAGUCACAGCCCAGGGGGACCGGCUGGAGACUUUGGCAUCAAAUUCAAUAUUGCUAAUGGAGGACCUUCUCCAGAUACAGUAAUGGAGAGGAUAUACCAGGUGAGCCGCACUCUGGAGGAGUAUGCCAUCUGUCCUGACCUGCAUAUUGAUCUCUCACGCCUGGGACGCCAGGACUUUGACCUGGAAAACAAGUUCAAGCCCUUUCGGGUUGAGAUUGUGGAUUCUGUUGAGAUCUACCUUAACAUGCUACGUGGGAUCUUUGAUUUUGGUGCCAUCAAGAGUCUACUGACGGGUCCAGAACAGCUAAAGAUCCGAAUCGAUGCGAUGAAUGGCGUGAUGGGCCCCUAUGUCAGGAGAAUCUUGUGCGAUGAGCUCGGGGCACCCGCAAACUCUGCUGUUAACUGUGUUCCCCUGGAGGAUUUUGGGGGCCAGCACCCCAACCCCAACCCCACGUUUGCGGUGUCGUUGGUGGAAUCCAUGAAGGGUGGAGAGUUUGGUUUUGGAGCAGCGUUUGAUGCAGAUGGCGACCGCUGUAUGAUUCUCGGUCAGAACGGCUUUUUCGUGAACCCAUCUGACUCACUGGCAGUGAUGGCUGCCAACCUGUCCUGCAUCCCUUAUUUCAGACAGGCGGGCAUACGUGGCCUAGCCCGAAGCAUGCCCACCAGCAUGGCCCUGGACAGAGUGGCCAAAGCCAUGAAAGUGGCACUGUAUGAAACUCCUGCAGGCUGGAGGUUCUUUGGGAACCUGAUGGACUCCGGCAGGUGCUCCUUCUGUGGAGAGGAAAGCUUUGGAACAGGUUCGGACCAUAUCCGUGAAAAAGAUGGCCUGUGGGCGGUGCUAGUGUGGCUGUCAGUCAUAUCCGUGCGAAAGCAGGGAGUUGAAGAGAUAGUGAAGGACCACUGGGUCAAAUUUGGCCGAAAUUACUACUGCAGGUUUGAUUACGAAGGCGUAGAUCCCAGGGCAGCAUAUUACCUCAUGCGAGAUCUGGAGGCGGUGAUCACAGACAAGGCCUUCAUCAGUCAGAAGUUUGCUGUGGGAAACAAUGUCUACAGCGUGGAGAAAACCGACAACUUUGAGUACAUUGACCCGGUGGAUGGCAGUGUUUCGCGAAACCAGGGACUAAGGAUCGUGUUCACAGACUCGUCCCGCAUCAUAUUCCGGCUGAGUGGUUCUGGGGUCGGAGUGGGAGCCACUAUCCGUAUUUACGCUGAGAGUUACGAGAGAGAUCCAGAAAGACACAGCAGGGAAACGCAGGUUGUGCUGGGGCCUCUUAUUGCCAUUGCUCUGAAGAUCUCGGACAUCCACGAGCGGACCAGCCGCCGGGGCCCCACUGUGAUCACCUGAGAUGGGUGCGGUGAUGCAUGCUGGGGGCCCAAACCCCGAGACGGUCUUCUUCUGGGACCCAGUCUCCACAUCUUCACAACCUAGCCGUCACUUUCCCCAUGCUGCAGACACGACUCUACAACUCUCGCAUGGCACAACUUCUCACUGGCAUAUAUACACUGUUUAUGGGUUUUGCUGCUGUUUUGCAGACUAAACACUAUCCCUAUCCCUCGUCCUGCUUUUCUUUCCCUUCAUCCAUUUUCCCUCUCUCUUUCUUUCUCACUCACUCUGCCUCUCCCUCUCUGCUCCUCGCAGUCUCACAGAGAGCCGUUGUUCUUCUAUUGGGGGGCUCUGUUUAAAGCUUGACUUCUGUUGCACACUUACAUAGGCUAUAUGAGCCACACGUAAAAAACCAGGAGCAGAAUGAUAUGUGCAUUUUAUUACCCAUAAUGCCACAUUCACACUGCAUUUUUUGUUUGCAUGACCACCCAAUAUUCUGGGGAUGUUGAACGCAGUGGGGGGAAGAAUAUAUUCUUUGGUUUUUAAGAUGACUGUUUAUAGAUGUUUAUAUAUAAACAUUUGUCAUUAUUGCACUUGAACACUUCCUGCUGUUGCAUAUAAAUGUAAUAACACAUAAACAUUUACUAUUAUUGCAUAUAAACAUUUACUAUGGAAGAGUGUUCCUUGCGGAUGCUUAGCACGUUGCUGGCUGUGUGUGCUUUCUUCUGGAGCGCUGACCAUGGUCUCCCCAUUCCCAGUGUGUUGUUUGGUUUCACAGCAAAUGGCAAGGCCAAACUUUAUUGUUCCAGAACAUCACAGAGUGCAUUUUGUUUGAAAGUGCCAGUUUAUACAAAUGUCUAAAACACCAGUGGAGGGAGAGUUUGUAAUCUGUAGAUCAUGCAGUGUGAAUGGGGCAUUUGAUAAUGAUAUGCACAGCUGCAGGCUAUAGAAUGGAUGGGUUGUAAUCAUUUAAGGUCAGUAUUUCGGCAUAUAUCAGUAUGGGGUCACUGCAGUGUUAAAGAAAAAUGCACUCAAUACCAACAACAAUACGAGGGAGCAAUUUUUUCACCCACUUCGUGAUAUGAAAAAUAUUUUAGGAGUAUAAUUCAAGAAACCUUGCAAAAUGUAGAAUUAAGAUCCAACAUGCAAAGUGUUAUCUUUGAAGCAUGUUUUUUGUUGAUGUUAUAUUACAGCUUAUGACUUGCUAACAUUGGUUUUGUUUUGCAAGUCUUUCAGAAGGCUAUCAGUACCACUUUUUGAAAUGUGAAAUAUUGAUCUUUCCUUUAGAUUAAGAAGAAAUGACAACCAGAAAUAAAUGCAGCUUUUGAAUCAGUUAUAAAUUUAAGAAUAAUAAAAAGCAAAUAGCAAAA